CCAGUUUUUGAAGAAGGGCAGCAGAUGGAAGCAGGAAAGCGGAAGACUGAGGAGGAGCAACAAACUCUGGUUGAUCGGAAGCGAAAGGCAGAAAUCUCCGAACCGCCAACGACAACUACGACGGUGACGAUGAACGCGGUGGAAACUCUCGUAACGCAGAUUCAGGGGCUGUCUGGAAGCCCGAACGAUGUGGUUGCGCUUCACGCACACUUGAACAAAGUAGACGAAGCUCUCCGCGGCGAGUCCGCUCGCUUGCUGCCUUUCCUCGACCAGAUUGACCCGUCAAUCCACUCCCUCGGAUACCUCUAUCUUCUAGAUGCUUGUACUUCUGGCCCGGUAUCCAAGGAGCUGGCAGCAAAUCUGGUUCUGAUAACAUCAAGGUUCAUCACUUCCUGCAGCACUGAGCAAAUUCGUUUGGCGCCUGAAAAGUUCACUGGCAUGUGCAAGAGAUUCAAGGAUCAGGUUUUGUUAAUCGAAGCACCUAUGCGUGGGGUGGCUCCAUUGCUGGUAGCUGUGCGGAAAGUUCAACCUUCUUCAGAGCAUUUGACUAGUUUGCAUCCAGAUUUUCUACAACUUUGUUUGUUAGCAAAGUGCUACAAAACUGGGCUUUCACUUCUCGAAGACGAUAUUUUUGAGGUUACUCAGCCAAGGGACCUGUUCCUUUAUUGCUACUACGGGGGGAUGAUCUGCAUUGGACAAAAACACUUUCAGAAAGCAUUGGAGCUUCUACACAAUGUUGUGACAGCACCAAUGACUUCUAUAAAUGCUAUAGCUGUUGAAGCUUACAAGAAGUAUGCAUUAGUGUCUCUCAUUGACAAUGGACAAUUCUCACCCGGUCUUCCCAAGUACGCUUCAUCAUCUGCUCAGAGAAAUCUGAAGAACUUCUGCCAGCAGCCUUAUAUCGAGUUGGCCAAUACCUACAGCACUGGGAAAAUUGCAGAACUAGAAACGUUUGUCCAAAAGCACAGAGAAAAGUUUGAAAGUGAUAAUAAUCUUGGGCUGGUGAAACAGGUGGUAUCAUCAAUGUACAAGAGAAAUAUCCAGAGGUUGACGCAGACAUAUCUAACCCUUUCCCUGCAAGACAUAGCAAAUACCGUUCAACUUAACAGUGCUAAGGAGGCGGAGAUGCACGUCCUGCAAAUGAUCCAAGAUGGUGAAAUAUUUGCUACAAUCAACCAGAAAGAUGGCAUGGUAAGGUUCCUGGAGGAUCCCGAGCAGUACAAGUCAUCUGGAGUGAUUGAGCGUAUUGACUCUUCAAUCCAAAGGUUGAUGACACUAUCGAAGAAGUUGACUAACAUGGAUGAGCAGAUGUCAUGCGAUUCGCUUUACCUAGCAAAGGCUGGAAGGGAGCGACAGAGAUUCGACUUUGAUGAUUUCGACUCAGUUCCUCAGAAAUUCAACAUGUGAAAGAGAGAUGGCGGAGCUUUAGAGGUGUGAAAAAUGUCCCCUGCUUGUAUUUGUUCUGCACGGGGAGUAAUUAGAGAGACCUGAACUUGCACGGUUGCAACAUAGGAUAUCAGAAACUAGACAUUUGGUAGACGGAUAGUAUAUCCAAUAUGCAUCCUGUUUUGAGAAUAUUUGAUUCCAGGAUUAAGAGUUUCGUGUUCUGAACAGAGCUCUUGUCGUACAUACGUGUCCGUUGUUCGAACAAACCUAAUGACCCUUCUGUAGAGCAAUAUAUGAUGGAUCUAGCCAAAUAGUCUAAUUUCUGC